AUGGAGGCUGAAGAUUGUUCAAAGGCUGAGGAUAGACCGGAAGACCCAGGUUUCCAAAAUGAAGGAUGGGCUUCUGCUGUCAAGCCCUCUUUUUCACUAGAAGAGCAGUCUCCUGGCCCCACUGUCCUCUGGGACAUGCUUGAACAGAAAUUUCUGGAAUAUCAGCAGCUGAUUCACAAGAACCCAGAAGAACGUCGGCGAAACCUCCUGAGCCUUCUCCCCCUCUUCCUAAAGGCCUGGGAACAUUCUGUGGGCAUCAUCUCCUUUCGCAGUCUUCAAAGGCUGGCAGAAGAUGUGUCCGACCAACUUGCCCAAGAAAUACAACAGGCACUUUCUGGGAAGCCUGCAGAGCAAGCCCGGGCUGCAGCCGGGCAGCUACUGCAGUGGAAGAGUGACGUGGAUCAGGACGGCUACCUGCUCCUCAAGUCGGUGUAUGUGCUCACGGGGACAGACGCGGAGACGCUGGGCAGAGUGGUGGAUUCGGGGCUUCCGGUCCUUCUCCUGCAGUGCCUGUAUCUCUUUUUUGCUUUUCCCGUGGACAAGGGUGAGCAUUUGGAGAUUGACGUUCAAGGGCAGAGGAUGUUUGUGCAGAUGUUGUUAAACAUUUGCAGCGAGUCUCAGGGUCUGGAGGGACUUCUCUCAGGAAGCGAGCUCCAGUCUCUACUGAUCGCUACCACCUGUCUGAGGGAACACAGCUGCUACUUCUGGAAACAGCCUACCUUCUGUGUGCUGCGGGCUAUCUCCAAGGCUCAGAGCCCUAGCGUCAUCCAAUAUCUGCGAACUGCCGACUGUGUCCGGCUCUCGGUUCAGAACCUCUCCAAACUGGCAGACACUCUCCCUGCACCGGAGGUGAGCGAGGCAGUGGGCCUCAUCCUGAACUUUGUGAGAGACUCCUACCCCAUCUCCUCUGCGCUGCUCCUGGAGUUUGAGAACGGGGAGGGCUACCCUCUGCUACUCAAGGUGCUGCUGCGGUAUAACGGGGUGACCCAGGGUGUGGUGGAACCCCAUCUCGAGGAGCUCAUCGAGCUGGUGAUGUGGCUGACGACUUGUGGGAGGUCAGAGCUGAAGGUGUUUGACAGCGUCACUUAUCCUCAGCUUGAAGGCUUCAAGUUCCAUCAGGAGGCUUCUGGGGUGACCGUUAAGAAUCUCCAGGCCUUUCAGGUCCUACAGAAUCUUUUCCACAGAGCCAGUGACUCUGUCCUUUGCAUCCAAGUGCUUCUGGCCAUCAAGACCAUGUGGGCCUGGAACCCUCGCAAUUUCUUCCUGCUGGAGUGGACCCUGCAGCCCAUCUCACAGUUUGUAGAGAUCAUUCCCCUGAAGCCCACCCCGGUGCAAGAACACUUUUUCCAGCUGUUGGAGACUCUGGUGUUCAAGCUACUCUAUGUGCCGCACGAGGUCCUGGCUAAAGUGCAGGGUCUGAUCAAGGACAGCCCAGAGGUCUCCUGCACCCUCGUGGCCUUGCGAAGCAUCCUCAGGAUCACAGCCAGUGACCGGCUCUUCACUGACAUCUUCCGGGACUCAGGACUACUAGGCCUGCUGCUGGCCCAGCUACGGAAACAGGCCAAGAUCAUGAGGAAGUCAGGAAACAAAGAGUGCAGUCCUGGCGUGCAGGAUCCGGAGAGGGAACUCACCCACGUGAUGCUGAAGACUGUGGUUGCACUUCUGCAAGGUUCUGUUCGAAACGCAGUUGUCCUCAAAGACCAUGGCAUGGUGCCCUUCAUCAAGAUCUUCCUGGAUGAUGAAUGCUACCGGGGUUCCGCCCUCAGCAUCUUGGAGCAGCUCUCGGUCAUCAACGCUGAGGAGUACAUGAGCAUCAUUGUGGGGGCUUUGUGUUCCUCUACUCAGGGAGAGCUGCAGCUGAAGCUGGAUCUUCUCAAGUCUCUGCUCCGGAUCCUGGAGACACCCAAGGGCCAUGCUGCAUUCCGUGUCUCCAGUGGCUUCAAUGGGCUACUGUCCCUGCUUUCUGACCUGGAGGGGUCCCUCCAGCUGCCUGCAGUGACAACAUGCAGUGCAGUGUCCCCCAGCCAGACCCUGGAGCUGGUGUUGCAUACCCUUUGUGUGGUGUCUGCUGCUCUGCACUUGGACCCUGUCAACGAGCACUUCUUCAGGAGCAAUGGGCUCUUUGAGAAGUUGGCCGAGGACCUCUGUCUGCUGGGCUGUUUUGGGGCCCCAGAGGAAGAAGGCGCUCAACGGUACUCUUCAUCUGACGUGAAAGCCAGGCCCUUCGUGGAUUUGCUGAGCGGGGCCUUUUCCUCCAGCUGCCAGUACCCACCCAGGGUGCAGAGCUGCCUACAGAUUCUCAGCUUCCUAGAGAGCAUGGCCGGUGGUACCCUCCACCUGCACAGAGACCUGAUGGAGCCAUCCAAGGCUGGGCAGGUGCCUUCUGUGGAUGCCAGAAAGGGAGAGCCUGGGAGCCGCCAAGGCAAAUUCAAGCAGUGGCCAGACCCGGAGGAGAGGAUGGAUGAAGGUGAGGUCACGAUCAUGCACCCUGGGAUCAUUUGCAUCAUGGUGAGACUGCUGCCUCGCCUACACCUUGACGAUCACCCACAGCUCUCCGAGGAGAUCCAGUGUUCAAUGGCCCAUCACCUCUUGUCCCUGGUGAAGUCAGAGAAGAACCGCCAGGUCAUGUGCGAGGCAGGGAUGCUCCGGACACUCAUGACCUUUUGCCACAGGACCCUCAGCACUGGUGGCAGUGCCCUGCACUCGGUUCUCAUCAGGAUCUUUGAAAAGCUUGGUUCUCAAGCCAUCGAGCCAGAUGUGCUAAGACAGUUCCUAGACCUUGGAGUUCGCCCACCUCCGUCAGCUGCCAGGAAAAGCCUCCAUUUAUCUCCUGGGCAUGAAGACAGUCCUGGACGCUCAGGGUCACUGGCAGAUACAUCUGUGAAAUCUACAGAUGCCAGCCCAUGUCCUAGAGGGUCUCAGGACCUCAGGUCCUCACCGACCUCCGAGGAUUCGACCACAGCCCUCCAGACAACACUGAGCCUCAUCUCCAUGACCUCCCCGCGCAAUCUGCAGUCCCAGAGGGCAGCCCUGACCCCGUCGUUUGUGGAAUUUGACAUGUCUGCAGAAGGCUAUGGCUGUCUGUUUAUUCCGACCUUGUCUACAGUCAUGGGGACCAGCACAGAGCACUCCAUCUCUGGAGGGACUGGAUCAGGAGCUCCCAGGCCAUUCCCUCCACCUGGAGGUCUCACCUUCUCCUGUUGGUUUCUGAUCAGCCGGCAGGCCAACGUCAUGGAGGGCCACCCACUGCGCUUUCUAACCCUGGUGCGUCACCUGGCCAGGACAGAGCAGCCCUUUGUCUGCUUCUCCGUCAGCCUCUGCAUGGAUGACCUCUCCUUGGUCGUGUCCACAGAAGAGAAAGAGUUCCAACCCCUGGAUAUCAUGGAGCCUGAGGAUGAGGCAGAGCCCUCUGCGGGCCGUCAGCUCCAGGUCAGGUGUAGCCAGCUGCUGGCUUGCGGUCAGUGGUAUCACCUGGCUGUGGUGGUCAGCAAAGAAAUGAAAAGGAACUGCACUGUCACCAUGUACCUGGAUGGACAAGCCAUUGGUUCAGCCAAGAUGUUAUAUAUUCAAGCCUUACCGGGGUCUUUUUUUUCAAUGGAUCCAUCAUCAUUCGUGGACGUUUAUGGCUAUAUUGGCACCCCCAGAGUUUGGAAACAAAAAUCAUCCUUAACCUGGCGUCUCGGGCCCGCCUACCUCUUUGAGGAAGACAUAUCGCCGGAUACUCUAGAACUUAUUAUCAAACUCGGCCCGAGGUACUGUGGUAACUUUCAGGCUGUGCACCUUCAAGGAGAUGACCCAGAUGGUGAAGCCACACCCCUCAUCGCGGAGGAAAGGGUUUCCUUUGGUCUUUAUGUACCUAGCUCUUCUAUCACCAGCAUAAUAAACAUCAGAAACACCUACAAUGAGGUAGACAGCCGCCUGAUCGCCAAGGAGAUGAACAUUUCCUCCCGUGACAAUGCCACGCCCGUGUUCUUGCUGAGGAACUGUGCUGGGCACCUUUUCGGGUCUUUGCGGACCCUUGGUGCUGUUGCUGUAGGCCAGUUAGGGGUGAGGGUGUUCCAUUCCAGCCCUGCUGCCAGCAGCCUGGACUACAUUGGAGGGCCUGCCAUCCUCCUAGGCCUCAUCUCCCUGGCAACAGAUGACCACACCAUGUAUGCAGCUAUGAAAGUCCUGCACUCGGUCCUGACCAGCAAUGCCAUGUGUGAUUACCUGAUGCAGCACAUCGAUGGGUACCAGAUCUUAGCCUUUCUCCUGCGAAAGAAGACGCCCUUUCUAAACCACCGCAUUUUCCAGUUGAUCCUCUCGGUGGCUGGCACAGCGGAGCUGGGUUUCCGGCCGUCUGCUGUCACUAACAUGUGUAUCUUCCGGCAUGUGCUCUGCAAUUUUGAGCUCUGGACAAACACUGCAGACAACUUGGAGCUCACUCUCUUUUCCCAUCUCCUGGAGAUCCUUCAGUCAUCAAGAGAAGGACCCAGGAAUGCGGAAAGAGCCCACCAGGCACAGUUGGUGCCUAAGCUCAUAUUUCUCUUCAACGAGCCGAGUCUGGCUCUGUCCAAGGUCUCCACCAUCAUCGCCAUUCUGGGCUGUCAGCUGAAGGGCCACUUCAACAUCCAGGACUUACUCAGGGUUGGGCUGUUUGUCAUAUACACCCUCAAGCCGUCGUCGGUGAACGAGAGGCAGAUCUGCCUGGAUGGAGUCCAGGACCCCUCUGCACCUGCUGGAAGCCAAACAUCUGGAAAGGCAAUCUGGCUUAGAAACCAGUUGCUGGAGAUGCUGUUUGGUGUAAUAACUUCCCCCCAACUUCAUCUGUCCUCUGAGUUAAAGGAGCAGGUGUUUCUGAGCCUGGGGCCCGAUUGGUUCCUGCUGCUCCUACAGGGUCACCUGCAUCCCAGCACCACCACACUGGCGUUGAAGCUGCUGCUGUAUUUUCUGUCAAGCCCUUCCCUCUGUGGGCGAUUUAGAGAUGGCCUGUCUGCCGGAUGCUGGGUAGAGAGCUGCCUGGAGGGGGUGGACAUUAUGAUGGACAACCUGAAGAACCACCCUGCAGUGCCUGACCAGAGCCCCUGCCUGCUUCCCGGGUUCCGGGUCUUGAAUGACUUUCUGGGCUACCAUGUUCUCAUUCCGGAAGUCUACCUCAUCGUGUCCGCCUUCUUCCUCCAGAUGCCACUUACAGAGCUGACUGACGGGCCCAGAGAGAGCUUGGAUUUGAUGAUUCAGUGGCUUCUCCAGAAACAUUACCAGCAAGAGGUCCUCCAGGCCGGGCUAUGCAUAGAAGGCGCCCUGCUUCUCCUGGGGAUGCUAAAAGCCAUCAUGAGCCAGCCCCCCGCAGGUUCAGGAGACGGUGCCUGGGAGCAGACACUCCCCAGCAGUAUUCUUCAGUUCCUCGGCCUGGUGCACCGCUCCUACCCCCAGGACCCAGCAUGGAGGAGCCCUGACUUCCUCCAGACCAUGGCUAUCAUCACUUUCUCCGUGGAAACCCAGAAGGAGGCCACAUCUGAGUCCUCUAGAAACACCAGUCGUCCUGGGUCCUCGGCUGAAGCCAGCCAUGCUGCUGAGGGGUUCCAAGCUUCUUUCAAGCCACAUCCAGCUCAGAGGCAGCUGAGAGAGUUCAUGCAAGUUCUCCUGAGGGAGCUGCUCCUUGGAGUGUCCAGCCCCAAGCAGUGGCUGCCCUUGGAGGUCCUUCUGGAGGCUUCUCCAGAUGGUGCCACCAGCCAGCAGAAGCGAGACUUCCAAUCCGAGGUCCUACUUUCCACCAUGGACAUAUUCCACGUCCCAAGUGGGAGUGGCACGCCGACCCUAAGAGGCAGUAAGGAGCCUCAGUCAAAUGCAGAAGCUGGUACUGUGCCUUCCCUUGCAAGCGUUUCCUACUUUACCCAGAAGCUCGUUGAGAAGCUGCACAGUGGGAUGUUCUCAGCAGAUCCAAAGCACAUCCUCCUCUUCAUCACAGAGCACAUCAUAGCGGUCAUCGAGAACCCAUCUUCCCAAAAGGACACGGUCAUGAGUGCGUUGUACAGCAGUUUGAAUAAAGUCAUCCUGCACUGCCUCUCCAAGCCCCAGCAGUCCCUGUCUGAGUGCCUUGGCCUCCUCAGCAUCCUGGACUUCCUACAGGAAUGCUGGGACAUCAUCUUUGCCACCUACAAUUCCAAUGUCAACUUCCUCCUGUGCCUCAUGCAUUGUCUUUUGCUGCUGAACGCCAGGAGUUAUCCGGAAGGAUUUGGAUUGGAGCCCAAGCCCAGAAUUAAUCCUUACCACCAAGUCUUCCUUUCUCCAAGUGAAGAAGUGAAAGAUAAGAAGGAGGAGGGCCUCCCAAGUCUGGGCGAUGUCCAGCACAGCAUCCAGAAGUCAGUGCGGGCGCUCUGGCAGCAGUUGGUGGCACAGAGGCGGCAGACCCUGGAGGAUGCCUUCAAGAUCGAUCUGUCCGUGAAGGCUGGGGAAAGCGAAGUGAAGAUCGAGGAGGUCACCCCACUCUGGGAGGAGACGAUGCUCAGAGCCUGGCAGCAUUACUUAGCAUCUGAGAAGAAGUCACUGGCCAGUCGCUCAAGUGUCACACACCACAGCAAAGCGACGUCCUGGAGUGGGAGCCUAUCUUCGGCCAUGAGACUGAUGCCCGGGCGGCAGGCAAAGGAUCCCGAGUGCAGAGCAGAGGAUUUUGUGUCCUGUAUAGAGAAUUACAGAAGGAAAGGACAGGAGCUGUAUGCAUCCGUAUACAAGGACUACGUGCAGAGGAGGAAAAGAGACAGUAUCAAGGCAGCCACAGCCUGGGCCAGGAUGCAGGAACAGCUCUUUGGGGAGCUGGGAUUGUGGGGCCGAAUGAGAGAGUCCGCGAGCUGCUCCCAGUGGGGACUGGACAGGAGAGAAGGACCAGCUCGCAUGAGGAAACGAAUCAGACGGCUGUGUGCAUGGGAGACCCUGAACCUAGGCGGCUGCAAGGAGAGCCAAGACCAAAGGGGUGAUGUUUCUCAGACAAAUGCUGAAAACCAAGACAAGCUGACAAUAGAGGAAGCCGAGAGCAGGCCGGAUGAGGUGGGAGUGGACUGCACCCAGUUGACCUUCUUCCCUGCUUUGCAUGAAAGUCUGCACUCAGAAGACUUCUUGGAACUAUGCCGGGAAAGACAGAUCAUUCUACAAGAGCUUCUUGAUGGAGAAAAGGUGUCACAGAAGGUCCCCAUGGUGAUCGUGCAGGGCCACCUGGUCUCAGAGGGGAUCCUGCUCUUUGGCCAGCAGCACUUCUACGUUUGUGAGAACUUCACUCUGUCUCCUACAGGCGAUGUCUACUGUACCCACCACUGCUUAUCCAAUAUCAGUGAUCCUUUCAUUUUCAACAUGUGCAGCAAAGACCGGUCCUCUGACCAUUACUCCUGCCAGCGCCAUGCCUACAGUGACCUUCGAGAGCUCCGGCAGGCCCGCUUUCUCCUUCAGGAUAUUGCCCUGGAGAUCUUCUUCCAAAAUGGCUAUUCCAAGCUCCUUGUCUUCUACAACAGUGACCGGAGUAAAGCUUUCAAAAGCUUUUGCACUUUCCAACCAAGUUUGAAAGGAAAAGGCACCACAGAGGACCCCUUCAACCUAAGGAGGCACCCAGGCUUCGACAGGACCAUGCUGCAGAAGUGGCAGAGAAGGGAGAUGAGCAAUUUUGAAUACCUUAUGUACCUCAACACGCUGGCUGGAAGGACCUACAAUGACUACAUGCAGUAUCCCGUGUUUCCCUGGGUCCUUGCCGACUACACAUCAGAGAUGUUGAACUUGACGAAUCCCAAGACUUUCCGGGAUCUUUCGAAGCCAAUGGGGGCUCAGAGCAAGGAAAGGAAGUUGAAAUUUACCCAGCGGUUUAAAGACAUUGAAAAGAUCGAAGGAGACAUGACCGUGCAGUGCCACUACUAUACCCACUAUUCCUCAGCCAUCAUCGUCGCCUCCUACUUGGUCCGAAUGCCACCUUUCACGCAGGCCUUCUGCUCCCUACAGGGCGGAAGCUUUGAUGUGGCUGACAGGAUGUUCCACAGUGUAAAGAACACCUGGGAAUCUGCCUCCAAAGAGAACAUGAGUGACGUCAGGGAGUUGACGCCUGAAUUCUUCUACCUGCCCGAGUUUUUAACCAACUGUAAUGCAGUGGAGUUUGGUUGCAUGCAGGAUGGAACAACACUGGUGGAUGUGCAGCUCCCUCCCUGGGCUGACGGGGAUCCAAGGAAAUUCAUCAGCUUGCACAGACAGGCUCUGGAGAGUGACUUUGUCAGCAGCAACCUCCACCACUGGAUAGACCUAAUCUUCGGGUAUAAGCAGCAGGGAUCAGCUGCGGUAGAGGCAGUGAACACUUUCCACCCCUACUUCUAUGGGGACAGAAUAGACCUCAGCAGCAUCACCGACCCCCUAAUCAAGAGCACCAUCCUGGGCUUCGUUAGCAACUUCGGACAGGUGCCCAAGCAGAUCUUCACUAAACCCCACCCAUCCAGAAACACCACAGGGAAAUCUCCAGUGCCCGGAAAGGAUUCUUCCACCCCCACAGGCCUUCCGGGCCACUCACAGUCCUUCCUCCACAGCCUGCCAGCGCUGAGACCCUCUCAGGUCACAGUCAAAGAUAUGUAUCUUUUCUCUCUAGGGUCGGAAUCCCCUAAAGGGGCCAUCGGCCACAUCGUCCCUACUGAGAAGUCGAUCCUAGCGGUGGAGAAGAACAAACUGCUGAUGCCUCCUCUCUGGAACAGGGUCUUCAGCUGGGGCUUCGAUGACUUCACUUGCUGCCUGGGGAGCUAUGGCUCUGACAAGAUCUUGAUGACGUUUGAGAACCUGGCUGCCUGGGGUCCCUGUCUGUGUGCUGUAUGCCCAUCCCCUACAAUGAUCAUCACGUCCGGGGCCAGUGCAGUGGUGUGCGUGUGGGAGCUCAGCCUGGUCAAAGGUCGCCCAAAAGGCCUGAAACUCCGACAGGCCUUGUAUGGACACACCCAGGCUGUCACAUGUCUGACAGCCUCUGUCACCUUCAGCCUCCUGGUGAGUGGAUCCCAGGAUUGCACUUGCAUGCUGUGGGACCUGGACCACCUCUCUCGUGUGGCCUGCCUGCCUGUCCACCGGGAAGGCAUCUCAGCCGUCGCCAUCAGUGAUGUCUCGGGAACCAUUGUCUCCUGCGCCGGAGCCCACUUGUCCCUGUGGGACGUCAAUGGACAGCCCCUGGCUAGUAUUACCACAGCCUGGGGCCCAGAAGGAGCCAUAACAUGCUGCUGCAUAGUGGAGAGGCCAGCAUGGGAUGCAAGCCACGUUAUCAUCACGGGCAGUAAGGAUGGCAUGGUUCGGAUUUGGAAGACAGAGGACGUGAAGAUGUCCGUUCCCAGGCAGGCAGUGAUGGAGGAGCCCUCCACUGAGCCCCUAAGCCCCAGAGGUCACAAGUGGGCCAAGAAUCUUGCCCUGAGCCGAGAGCUGGAUGUCAGCGUCGCUUUGAGUGGCAAGCCCAGCAAGGCAAGCCCUGCUGUGACAGCUCUGGCCGUCACUAGGAACCAGGCCAAGCUCUUGGUGGGUGACGAGAAGGGAAGAAUCUUCUGUUGGUCUGCCGAUGGGUAGGAGAAAAACAAGUGCCGGAGAUACCCUGGGGUCGGCAGCAGCAAACUACAGGCACCAAGGUGAUGCACAGGCUGGCUGUCUACGCAGAGCAAGCUUUGGGGGACGGCUCACCUCCCCACAGUUCUCAAGGACUGAUGAUUUGCACCGGGUACCCCAAACACGUCUGCAGUCUACAAGACUUCUGUAAAAAGGAUUCUGGUAGACAUUGAUGCUGGGGACUGACCUGCUGGUGACAAGCUGAACGGGAAGUUUCCAAAACAAGAGGGUGGGUUUCGGGUCAUGGAAACCACCCCGUUGUCUUUAUUUUAUUAAAACACCAUUUUCCAAAUGGCA